GCGGUCACACUGAGCAAGAAGUACGCAAACCGUCGAGCGCGAUAAAACUGAAAAACGGGAAAACCUUUAGCAAAAGCGACGCUUGACAAACCGCAACCAAUGCAUACCAAGUAAAUCUGUAGCAGAGCAGCCGCGCCGCGCAGUCCACGCCCACCCAGCCAGCGACACACCACACCGCGAGACGAACAACGAGACAGGGAGCUCCACUCACACCACAGCACACUCACGCCCACAGAGACAGGGCGAUGUCACACCUACCUGUGCCACUGUACGGCUUCGCAGCGUUUUUCAUGAUUUUCUGGUUUGGCACCUGGAUGGUCCAUCUGAUAGCCAUUUGCUACGGGAAGUACAAGCUGCACAAGAAGUCGUGCAAGCUGCCGCCAGAGUCGUCGCCACUGCCGGGUGUCUCCAUCCUUAAACCGCUGAUGGGCGUGGAUCCGAACUUGCAGCACAACCUAGAGACCUUCUUCACGAUGGAUUAUCCUGUGUACGAGCUGCUUUUCUGUGUGGAGGACAAGGACGAUCCGGCCAUAAAGCUGGUCGAGGGCCUGCUGGAAAAGUAUCCCCGGAUAGACGCCCGGCUCUUUGUGGGCGGGUCUGAUGUGGGCGUUAAUCCGAAAAUCAACAACAUCCAUCCCGGCUACAUGGCGGCAAAAUUCGAUUUCGUUAUGAUCUCCGACAGUGGCAUCAAAAUGAAGAACGACACGCUGCUGGACAUGGUCCAAAACAUGUCCGAGAAGCACGCCCUGGUCCAUCAGAUGCCGUUCACCUGCGACCGGGAGGGAUUUGCCACCAUUUUCGAGAAGGUCUUCUUCGGCACCGUCCAGAGCAGAAUCUACCUAUCGGCCGAUGUUCUUGGCAUAAACUGCCACACGGGAAUGUCGUGUCUUCUGCGGAAAGCAGUCAUCGAUCAGCUGGGCGGCCUAAGGGCCUUUGGCUGCUACCUUGCCGAGGACUUCUUUAUCGCCAAAGGCGUAACGAAGCUGGGAUGGAAAAUGAGAAUCUCCAAUCAGCCCGCUCUGCAGAACAGCGGACUGUGCGACGUCGGCAGCUUUCAGGCGCGGCUCAUACGAUGGGCUAAGCUGCGCGUGGCCAUGGUGCCCACGACCAUCCUUCUGGAGCCGCUCUCCGAGUGCAUGAUUCUGGGGGCCUUCGCGGCCUGGUCAGCCUCGGUUCUGUUCAACUGGGAACCUCUGGUGUUCUACAUGGUGCACAUACUCUGCUGGUUGCUGUCCGACUGGCUGCUGCUCUCCAUAGUCCAUCACGGCUCAAUGCCGUUCCACAAGUUCGAGUUUGUCAUUGGCUGGCUGUUCAGGGAGCUGACGGGGCCCUAUCUGUUCCUGCACGCGCUCUGGGACCCGGCGAUACGUUGGCGGACUCGCACCUUCAAGCUUCACUGGGGUGGCAUGGCCUACGAGCUGAACACACCCGCCGAUUGUCAAACCGCACCGCUGCAGCCACAGCCGGCGCCGACGUUACCGACGGAUUCGGGUCAAGCGGUGGCGGAGGUCACGCCAGCGGCCACAUUCUGUACAGAAGCGAAGCACCGUCUGCUGGUGUCGUAGCAGCAACUAGUUAAGUUCAUUAUUUUGUACUUUUGAGUAACUCAGCGGACUGCAAACGUAGACGGAGCUGGUGACUGGGACGUCUGGUAGUAGUAUUAUUAGCUAAACCCUUAGUCACUAC